GAAAAGAAGAAGAUUUUUUUCUUUGAUAAGUAAAGAAAGAAGAAGAUGAGAGAGAAGGAGACAGAAAUUAAAUUAGAGAAGCAUAGGGGAGAGAGAGAGAGAGUUAAGGUUAUGGCGGCGUUGCAGAGCGCGAGAAAGGUUAUUAUCUCUCCUCUUCUUUCCCUUUCUCUCUGGUGUGUUUCUUAAAUACUCUCUCCUCUCGUACCGACAAACGAGCUCUGCCUUUACCAGACCCUUAAAAGCUACUCAACCUCAAUACACUACAAACUCAGAGAAUGAAUUCUUCUACCUAAACCCUAGAAACCCUCUUUCUCCCAAUAGUCUCCAAGAUCUAGAGAGAGAAAGUUUUGUUUAAUUUUAUUUUGCUUCUUUUCAAAAAGCUGAUUGGAGAGUGGUAUAUAUGGGUAGUGGUUGUCUUGCCGUUGAAUGGCGGGGUUUUUCUCGUUAGACGGCGGAGGAAGAGGCGGAGGGGGAGGAAACAGCCAAGAAGAACACCACACCAACACCAACACGAAUCCUCCUCCUCCUGUAUCUGAGGCUUGGCUUUGGUACAGAAACCCUAACGUCAACGCAAACGCUCCUUCCUCUACAAACGCAGCUGCUUUAGGCACACUUGAGCUAUGGCAAAACCACAGUCAGCAAGAAAUCUUGUUCCAGCAUCAACAGCAUCAGCAGAGGUUGGAUCUUUACUCCUCGGCCGCUGGCUUAGGAGUCGGACCAAGCAACCAUAGCCAAUUCGAUAUCUCCGGCGAAAACUCAAACGCCGCCGCCGGGAGAGCAGCGGCGCUCAUGAUGAUGCGGAGUGGCGGAAGCGGCGGCGGUGCAAGCUGUCAAGACUGUGGAAAUCAGGCCAAGAAAGACUGUGCUCACGUUAGGUGUCGAACCUGCUGCAAGAGCCGUGGCUUCGACUGUCCUACUCACGUGAGGAGCACGUGGGUUCCUGCCGCCAAACGCCGUGAGAGACAACAUCAGCUAUCCACGGUUCAGCCUCAAACGCACCAGCCACGCGGUGAUAGCGGUGUACCGAAACGCCAUCGUGAGAACUUACCAGCAGCAACUUCUUCUGCUCUUGUCUGCACUCGCAUACCUACUCACAACGCUUCAGGUUUAGAGGUUGGAGAUUUCCCGGCGGAGGUGAGCUCACCGGCAGUGUUUAGGUGCGUGCGAGUAAGCUCAGUGGAAGAUGGAGAAGAAGAGCUUGCUUACCAAACAGCCGUUAGCAUCGGUGGUCACAUCUUUAAAGGCGUUCUUUACGACAAAGGUCCCGGAAGUAGCGGUGGCUACAACGUACUCGCUGCCGGUGAGAGCUCUUCUGGUGGCGGAGGAGGACACCAGCUUAACCUCAUAACAGCUGGAUCUGUGACGGUUGCAACUGCAUCUUCCUCCACUCCAAACGCCGGUGGUAUUGGCAGCUCCUCCGCGGCGGCUUACAAUGAUCCAGCCGCUCUUUAUCCAACUCCGAUUAACACUUUCAUGGCCGGUACACAGUUCUUUCCUAACCCAAGAUCAUGAUGUUAAUCUGACAUAAUGCAGAAUAACUCUUAAAAAUUCUUGGAAUAGUAUAGGGUUUUAAAAUCGUUAAUUGUUGGAUCCAUAUUACAUAGAGAUGUAGAAGUGGGUAAAAUUAGGAGGGAAGUGGAUCAGUUUAUGCUUCUUCUGGACACUCAAAGUUGUUGCAAUUUCAGGGUUUUAAAAGGAAAACUUAAUUCAAAUAAUAUCAUCUUCUUAUUAUAAUAAUUUGUGAGAAUAAAGUGUUAUUGACAUGUU